UCAAUUUUUUUUUCGUACACUAUAUUGCGGUAGCCACACUGAAGACGUACGACUGGUUUGACUCUCGCUCUAGCUACCAAAACGACGCCGGAGAGAGAGAAAAUCAACGCUCAUUCUACUCUCCAUUCUUCCGUAAAACCCUAAAUAUCAUCAUCGUCAUCAUUUGCAAAAGUAAUUUCUUCAAAUCAUCAAGGAAUCCUGUGGAUGUAAAAGAUGGAGACGGUAAAUGGUGAAGGUGCUAACGGUUCCUCAUGCUUAUCACCCCCAACAUCCGCACCUUCGCCAGAAGUUAUACAACUCGACGUGGAGUCAGAUCAUGAAGCAAACACUCCUAACCGUUCGGUUAUCAGUAGGCCUGGAUUUGGAAGCAACGGAAGACACAUUUCUUUGCUUGCUAAUCACUUCAAAGUUUUUGUAAACAAUCCAGAUGCGAUAUUCUACCAGUACAAUGUGUCAAUAACUUCCGAAGAUAACAUAGUGAUUGAGAACAAAGUUCUAGGAAGAAAAAUACUUGAUAAACUUUACCAAACGUACUCAUCUGAACUUUCUGGUAAGAAAUUUGCAUAUGAUGGAGAAAAGAGCCUGUAUACUGUUGGGCCUUUAUCGAAAAACAAGUAUGAGUUCACGAUUGUUUUAGAAGAUUCUUAUGCAAACCGGUGUGGAAGCCCUGCUGAUGAUGGGAUUCUCAGUGAAUCUGGUAAAAGGGUAAAACGGUCUUUACAGGAGAAGAGUUUUAAAGUAGAGAUCAGUUAUGCUAAAGAAAUACCCUUAAAACCGGUUUCUCUUGCCGUUCAAGGAUUUGAGCCUGAAAAACUUCAAGAUGCAAUAAGGGUUCUUGAUAUUAUACUGAGACAACAAGCGGCUCAAAGAGGAUGCCUUCUGGUUAGACAGUCGUUCUUUCAUGAUGACUCGAGGAACUUUAGUGAUGUCGGAGGGGGUGUCACUGUAUGCAGUGGAUUUUAUUCUAGUUUCCGGUCAACACAUGGCGGUUUAUCACUGAAUAUGGACGUAUCGUCUACAAUGAUUCUUACUCCUGGGCCAGUGAUUGAUUUUUUAAAAUCUAACCAAAAUGCACGUGAUGCUCGGUCUAUUGACUGGCUAAAGGCGAAGAAAACUCUUAAAAACAUGAGAAUUAAAACGACACAUAGCAACUGGACAUUCCGGAUCACUGGGAUGAGUGAAAAGCCGUGCAAUCAACAAUUGUUUCCUUUGAGAGUGAAAAAAGACAACGGUACAUAUGAUGACCAGACGAUAAACAUUACAGUGCUUGAUUAUUUUACCAAGCACCGUAAGAUUGAAGUUACUUACUCUGCUUACCUACCAUGCAUAGAUGUCGGUAAACCAAAUAAGCCAACCUAUUUGCCAUUAGAGCUAUGUUCUCUUGUGUCACUUCAACGGUAUACAAAGGCGUUAUCUACAUUGCAGAGAGCGUCUGUAGUUGAAAAAUCUAGACAAAAACCUCAAGAGAAAAUGCAAGCUAUAACAAAUGCUAUGAAGAACUAUCAUUAUGAUGAUGACCCAUUACUCUCUUCAUGUGGAAUUUCUAUUGAGAAACAACUUGCUCAAGUUGAAGGUCGUGUUCUUGAACCACCAAAGUUAAAAGUUGGCAAUGGAGAAGAGUUUUCUCCUAGUAAUGGGAGAUGGAGCUUUAAAAACAAGAAGCUUUAUAGUCCCACCAAAAUAGAAUUUUGGGCAGUUGUUAAUUUCUCUACGAAGUUUGAUGCAAGUUAUCUUUCCCGAGAACUCAUAGAUUGUGGAAUGAAUAAAGGAAUCAUUAUUAAUCGCCCAUUUUCCCUAAUGGAGGAAGACCCACAUAACCGAAAGUACGGGCCUGUAGUACGUGUGGAAAAAAUGUUUGACCAUAUUUUAGCAAAGUUCACACGUGCUCCGCAGUUUCUUCUUUGCAUAUUACCAGAGAAGAAGAAUUGUGACCUAUAUGGUCCUUGGAAGAAAUUGUGUUUAAGUGAUCAUGGAAUUCCUACACAAUGCAUGUGUCCACUUAAGGUCACUGAUCAAUAUCUCACAAAUUUGCUUUUGAAAAUCAACUCAAAGCUUGGUGGGAUCAAUUCUUUGUUAUCAAUAGAGCAGUCAUCGCGUAUACCCCUCAUACACGACACUCCAACAAUGAUAAUGGGAAUGGACGUGUCUCACGGGUCACCGGGACGGCCUGAUCUCCCAUCAAUAGCUGCGAUUGUUGGAUCUCAAUCUUGGCCGUUGAUAUCAAGAUAUAAAGCAUGUGUUAGGACUCAAUCAUCGAAAGUGGAAAUGAUCCAAGGUUUGUUCGAACCACAAGAAGAUGGAACCGACAAUGGCAUGAUGAGUGAACUGCUUCUGGAGUUUUAUCGAACAAGCAAUAAACGCAAGCCGACUCAGAUUAUAGUAUUCAGAGAUGGUGUGAGUGAAUCUCAGUUUAAUCAAGUUCUGAAUUAUGAGUUGGAUCAAAUGAUCAAGGCUUACCAGUUGCUUGGUGAGGCUGAUGCACCGAAGUUCACAGUGAUCGUUGCCCAAAAGAGGCACCACACGAAGUUCUUCCGAGCUAAUGGCCCUGAAAAUGUUCCUUCUGGUACCGUAGUAGACAAUAAUGUGGUGCAUCCAAGAAACUAUGAUUUUUACAUGUGUACUCAACCGGGAUUAAUUGGCACUUCUCGUCCCGCGCACUACCAUGUCUUGCUUGAUGAGAUUGGUUUCUCUCCUGAUGCCCUGCAGAAUCUAAUCCUUACGCUAUCAUAUGUAUCCCAAAGGGGCAGCGCCGCAACUUCAAUAGUGGCACCCGUUUCUUACGCUCAUCUAGCUGCUCGACAAAUGGGCCAGUUUAUAAAAUUUGAAGAUUUAAACGAAACUGCUUCUGAAAAGGACAGCUUCACUUCCGUAGGAAGCAUACCAGUCCCCAAGCUACCAAAGUUGGAUGAAGAUGUUGAGGAUUCCAUGUUUUUCUGUUAAGGUGUGACAUUUAAUUACAUUUUUUGACCAUGGUGCACACCUACUAAAAUGUCUAGAAUUCUUAAUCUUAGUUGUAAAUCUGUAAGGCGCGUAGUCAUUAACGUCCCUCAUGAUGCCACCUGGUAGAGACAAGUAUGUGGUGAAUAGUCUAGUCUUUUUUGGGGGUCGGUUUGUGUAGCUGAUUGGAGUAGGAGUGACUCAUCUAACUGUUUUCUUGUUUUGGGAUCUAGAAAAGGUUUUGAGAUGUUGGGUGUUUUAUAGGCAGCAGUCAUGUGGGCUCUUGAAACGAGUCAUAACUUGAGCCAUAAUGAUAUGGUCCUUUGGGACUC